AUGCAGCCAACUGCAUUGUCUCGAUUCAGGCUGUUCAACGUGCUGGCAGCGGCCGACGACGCCACCAGCCCAGACGCGCUGGCGGCGGUGCAGCAGCUGGACGCCCUGAUUGACACACUGAUGUCCAAGAAGAAUCCACAGGACCUGGCCCAGACUGUGGCUGAGAACAUCAUGAGCUUUGACCAGCGGUUUUGGCUGCGCCUGGCAACCCGCAGCGACGCGGCGAGCGACGAGGAGCAGAAGCAGCAGCUGGCGGCGCUGGCCAAGGUGGUCAUGCAGCUGGUGGACAGCGUGGUGAGGCGCACCAACGAGCAGCUCACUGAGUCCACCUCCCUGCUGCAAGACAUCCUCAAGGCUGCUGCCGACCCACAGACGGGCGAGUGGCAGCUGCCGCUGGGGCCGGACAAGCUGGAGGCGAUGCGGGGGGUGAUGGUGGCCAACCCUGCGGCCAUGGAUGAAGGCCUGCUGGCUGCCUGCUACUCGUGGAUGCGCAAGGCCUCGGAGGACAAGCUGGAUGGCAUGGUGGCGCUGCUGCAAAAGGUGCUGCAGAUCUAUGCCUGCCAGCAGCUGGGCACGCCGCAGGCGGGCGGCGACAAGCAGCGCGGCGGCGGGGACGCGGCCGUGGAUGAGCUGCUGGCUGCUGACGAGGCGCUGUGGACGCGGUUGAUACGCCAGCGCGCCGACGAGGGCAGCAUCAGCGAGCCUGCGUUCAUGGAGGCGCUGCAGCGGCGCAUGGAGAGCGUUGUGCUGGGGCUGCCCAGCGGCUCCUAUGCGCAGCGCGUGCAGGCAGAGUACCUGAAGGAGCUGGAGGAGCGGGCCAAGGGCGCCUUUGCAGACCUGGCGGCGGAGGGCAAGACCGCGUGA